GGGUGGAUGUGGCUGCGCGCAUGUGCGUGCUCGACCCGAGCACUUGUUACCGGUGGCUCAGUCUCGGCUCGUCCGGGCUGAAGGCAACACGGUUGCGCAAAUCAUCGUCACGCGAACGAUCCGAGCCCCGGGAGACGUUCUAAAGAUAGAAAACUGGAACCGUGACCACGAGAACGUGUUGGAAAAUCGCGAUAGGUCCUUGGAAGCCGCGUUGGAAACGGCGAACGAACGGCUCCGCCGACAGCAGUCGCGCCUACUCGGAACGAGGAACGCACGUACAGACACAUGCGGAACGAAAACUUGCUCCUCUGGGAAAAGGAUGCGUCGCUGAAGAUACUGGCGCGCGCUAACCAUAUAUCCUCUCGGCUCUCUCUUCCUUCGACCGGAACGAGGAAGAGGGAACAGAAUGCAGAAGCAGCGCUCCGCUGACCAACGAGCCAGCAUCUAUUUAAAACAAGGGAAGGACAAUCGUAGCUCGUGGCUUGUAAAUCGUGCGAAUCGAUUCGGUUGACGGUUCGUCGGGGAUCAGAGAAACCGUGUUUCAUCCAUCCACCAGUAUUCCGGCGCGGUCGUUCUGCUAGAAUAUUUCGACAAAGCAUCGUUGCGUUCGAUGCUUUGAUACGGAGAAAAGACUGAAACGAACCGUGGUUCGUUUGUUAAUUGGUGACUCGUCUUGACAUUCGCAGAAGAUAAAGCAUAUUGGAGAGGAGGAGGAGGAGGAGGAGGAGGAGGAGGAGGAACGAGUUUCCCGUUUUUCACGUGUAUCUUAAAUGAACUUUAAAUGAAAAAUUAUCAACAACGGAGAGCAGCAGGAGGACGAAUGGAUUUGAACUUUUCGCUUAAACGUAACAGCUUCGAUUUCGACGAGGACGACGACGACGACGACGACGACGACGACGACGGUUACUUCGUAAGUUCGAAUGGGACGCCAGCGAUCGAACAACACGUUGCAUCGUAUCGAUUGUCCGUAAAGUGGUAACCAAGUGGUGAGGAGCGAGGGAUUAUAAAUGACUAGGCUUUUUCUUAAUACGUUAAAUCCUUCGGGGCAAAAAUCCAGUGAAACGCAUCAACGCGAGUGAUUCGAUGAAACCGUGGGAAACCAGCUGGUUGUCCGCCGCUUGAUCAAAGUUUGCUCGUCCGUUUUUCGACCGGAUUGAUUUCCGUGCGGUGUCUGUAGAUUCCAUGGUCGAAGCGAGUCGAAGCGAGUCGAAGAUCAACGAGGAGCUUCGUACAGGGUUGAAGAUUUUUCCCGCUCGAUCCGGCCAAAUCUACUAAUCGUUCUCCAAGGUAAAACUCUAUUCCCGAGGAAGAAAGGAACAGAUCACCGAUACUCGACAUGGGCUGCGAACUCGGCAAAUUGGCCACACCGAAUCAACCUACCACGGACCCACGGCUUCCGUUAACAGCGAAACAGAAAUUUACGGUUAUGGCCAGUUGGAAAGCGGUCUCCAGAAAGCUGGAAACGACCGGUGUCUUUAUGCUCAUGAGGUUGUUCGAAGAAAACGAGGAAUUGGUGCAAAUGUUUUCGCGUUUUCUCGACUUGAAAUCGAAAGAGGAGCGCUUCGAUAUGGUAGAAUUGGGCAAACACGCGGAAAAAGUAAUGGCUGCUCUGGACGAAGGUAUCAGAGGACUCGACAAUAUGGACGAUUUCCUCGCCUGUCUUCAUCAAGUCGGAGCCACGCAUACAAAGAUUCCUGACUUUAAUCCACAGUACUUUUGGAAAAUCGAGCAACCAUUCUUAGAAGCCGUGAAGCGAACUUUAGAAGAUCGAUACUCGGAGAACGUGGAGAGCACCUACAAAGUGACGAUCAAAUUCAUCAUCGAAACGUUAAUCGACGGUUUCGACAAAGCUCAGAACGACAAAGCGCAAAGCGGCACUGCUAAAUCCUAGUCGUCUUAGCCUUUUCGUUUGUAAGGAACAAAAAUGAUUUGCCGAUUCGCUGAUCGCUUUUUCUAUCGGCAGUCGUAGUUUUCGAGAAGAAACCGAGGUUCGAAAACAAUGAGAUCGAUACCAUCGAUGAGAACGAAUAAAUCAGCCGAUGGCGCGAUCGUUCGUUUGUUCCAAAGUAUGUAUAAAAAAACGUAUGUAUGUUUCUGCGGAUUCUCUGAUCCGCGAUGCGCGAUCGGUACGAUCGAACGUAUUCGAUGGAAGCGAGACAGAGAUAAAUGUUUGCGUAACUUUUUCUUUACAGAGGCACAAACGGAUGGAUGCCGUAUGGCUUGUAGUUACGUUUGAAAUCUUUUUCCUUCGAGCAGGUCUCGGACAUGGAAAAUGCAUAAUUCGUAAGAAAUCGCUAUGAUUAUCGUAUCUCGUUCACUCUCUUGACGGCCAAAGAAAACAGAUAACUCGUUCUCGUUUAACGUUUCUGCAAACUUGCAACCUGGCGGAAGAAAACUUUUCUCCGUUUAAUUAUUCGUAUCGGUCGAACGCGAUCCCACAGUCUCCUCUCGCGAUGAUUCAUAUACACGUACGUAUACUUGUAUUAUUAUAUGCGUAUAUCAUUAUAUACGUAUUCACAAUGUAACGCGUACAUGUUGUUUGAACAUGAUACGAAAGUUUCGGGAUGAAAUGGUUCGGGAGGUUGUAAAAGGGAGCAAAGAUUCUACAAAAAUAGCGUUACCUUAUUAUUCGACGGUCCCUCGCUUCGCCGCGCUAUCGAUUAUGGAAUUUCAGCCAUGUAUAUACGGUACACGCGUAUCAAGGAUCGUUUCAAACCGAAUUGACUGCCAGCAAUUACGAUUAGCAGUUGUUCACGUUCAAAAGUUUCUGCGAAAUAUUUAUUCGCGAGAACACCCGAGUACAGAAAUCUGAAACUUAGCUCUGUCCAACUUGUACAAGUUGAAAGAAAAAGAGAGAGAAAAAAAAAAAAGAAAAGUAACGCAACCAGAAAUGGACAAUCGUCGAUUUAGUUUGAUCCGUUCAGUUUCCGUUCAGUUUUUGUGCGAACAAUCUGAAUAAUCGAUGAAUCACUCGAUAAUAUAAAUACAAGACAAUAUCCUUAUCCUUAAGAAUCUUAUUAUCACCUAACUUUAGAUUUUAAAUAAAUUAAAAUAUAUAUCUCUCUAAUAUCAUAUAUCUGUAUUCUAUAUUUUACAUCGUACAUUAUAUACAUAUUUUAUAUCUUGUGUGAGUAUAAAACAUAUUUUUUGGUUUUAUAUUAGAUGCAGAGUAACGAAAUUAUAAUUUCUAGAAAAACGAGAAACCCUCGAACAACGUUCUUUGCUCGUUGAUGCACGUAUUAGUCAGGGAGAAGGCAAAGAUACUUUUUCCUAUCGAAUCACAGGAUGAAGUUACGCGCUUUAAGAAACUCUAAGAAACAGGUGAAAAGAUAAUUAGAAGUUUAGCAGAAUGAGAGUAUACGUGAUACGUAAAUAAGUUGACGAUGUUAAAAGCGAAGAAUUCAAUUUCGGCAAGAAAUAAGCUUUUAAGAAAUGACAAAGUAACGCGAUAUUAACAAAAAACGCGAUAAUCUGAAUGACGAACGCUCAAGGUAUUACGAUAAGAGUUGGUUUUAACAUUUCUAUUGAAAAUGAUAUAAAACGAUGGUUGUACACGGGCGAUAUAUCCAUCCUAACCAUCUCUAUUUUUCAUAUUUUAUAUCUUUACAUCGUUCUCCUUCUUUCAUAGUUUCUCUUUCCUUUAAACAAAUUUAUCCCUUUACAGCUUCCCAUCGUACUUUGUUUUUGCUAAAAAUUCGUCGAAAAGGUUCACAACGGUUAAAAAAGGUUUAUAAUUAAAGCCAGCCGAAACGCAUCCGAAACGAUUUCACAUACACAUCUGGCACUCGAUAGACGCUCGAUGACCGUUACCAGAAUAGUGGUUACCUUGAACCAAUCCAAGUCGAUCGUUGCUUUUAUUUACGAGAACCUUGGAUUGCAUAAAUCACGUAGGACACGUUUCAAUCGCUCGUGAUGCGAAACAGUCGCAACCUGACAGAAUACAUAUAAUGAGAGAAAUCAUACGACACGGGACAUGAGAAAUUCCUUUCGGUCCAACGAAGAAAUAUAUCUUUCUAUUAAUUUAUUUCGAUCCAUGAUUCACAAUCAACCAUAUGUGUAGAUAUAAAAAGAGAAAGGUAAAGAUAAUUUGAAGCGGUAAGGUAAUCACGGAUAAGAAUAUCAAGUUCAACCGGUUUCAAUUACUUUCUGCGAAUCUUUCGUUGCCCUUACAUACGUGUAUAUGCGAAAGCAAAGAAAUUAACGUAUCAUCUCGAGACCUGGAAAUACGAAUUAUCGUAAAAUGGAAAAAGCUUUGGUAUUUGCGUAGCACGUACCAUAUAUUUCACAUACGAGAUAUAUACACGUACACACGUUCGAUGGGGAAUUGCGAAUCGUGUUUCGUUAUAUCUGCCACAACCAUACACAGCUGUCGUUGAUUCGUGUGUCGCGGAGCGUUUCAAAGUCGCCUCGUUACAAGCGACAACAAUAUUGGAAAGCGCUACAACGGAUAACAAAGAAAUCGAUAACCUGUAUUCUAUGAAAGCAGAGAAUCCCAUUAGGCCGCUCAUAAGCAUAACAAGAUGCAAUGGCACACGUGUGCGUGCAAGAUUAUCGAUAAGCAAUUGCGAUUGCAACUCGACGAGGUUAGCUUUCCCAAAAUCCGAUCUAUCGGACCAUAUUCGGCUGGUUCGGAUAAACGAACCAGCGGAAGAUCGAUCGAAUCGAUGCGUAUGGAAAUGCCGAUAAGUCGCCGUUAGAAUGGACCAACCUUUUCAGAUUAGACGUAUCAUCGAAAAUAGUAAUUACAAUUAUCGCCAAGACUAUUGCCAUGCUUGCGAUCCAAAGUGUCGGCAAAUAAAUGACGCACUUUUGCAUUUUUAGUCAUUGCAGUUUUCAAAAUAACGUCCCAACUGUUGCUCCGAUUAUUCCACGCGGUUACACCAUACGUCUGUUUCUUUUCUUUUUUUUUUUUUUUUUUUCUUUCAAAAUGUGUCGCGAACCACGAUCGUAAGAAAAUCUGCAGAUCCAUCUAUUUAAUUAUAUCAAUGCCUUAUCUCUAUCGAUGGGUUAAUAAGAAUCGUGACCUGUAAAAUCUCUCGACCGUACGAAACAAUGUUUCGCUCCGUGUACACGUAUAUACUUUUACGUUCCAUUACUUUCGUGAACAACCGUAGAACGUGCGUUGAUCGUCUUAAGACUUGUAUCGUUCGCAGCUCGGUAUACAAAGAGUAAGUAAGUAAGAGUAAGUAAGAGGCAUACGAUACAAUACGUGCGGUGUGUAUAGUUGCGGUUGUUUGGAGCAUCUAUUUUCGAUAUUAAUCGAAAUACAGGUUACUGUACGUCGAAAACUCGUAUAUGUAUUACAUGGUAGAAUAAUAUUGUACUAUUAUACGAUCCCGCAAUAAUGUUGCACUUAUCCCCCUAUCGUGCAUUACCAUUUUACAAAAUUACAAAUUCUUAGUAGCUUUUGUGUAAAAAAAAAAAAUUGUAUUCAUUAAUGUACAAUGUUAAAAGUUUAAAAAUGCAAUGUAACAUUUAAUCAUACUGAAACAAUGAAAAAUAUCUAUUUAAAACACACACAGACACACACACACACACACACACACAUAGAAGCGUACCGUACCGCUUAUUCUACAUUCGCCUCUAUGAAUAUUACACUAUUUUUUCUAAUAACGAAAUACGAAACAGAUUAAUUAUUUCUAUUCCUGAAGCAAUAGUUAAUUUUCUACGAUUCACGUACAACGUGUAGGAACGAAAAUUUGAUAACUCUCAAGAGCGAACCAUGCGAAUUUAAAGAAAGCCAUUGCGCCGAUCGAAGGAACAAGUUAGAACGAGAGAAUUGUAAUACAAGUAAGUAGCAAUGAAUAAAAAAUUCCAAAUAAAACUCGA